AUGAGGCUAAUCAAACAGAGUAUCGAGAAGAAAGAUGGUUCGGGCAGUGCGACGCUCCUGCCUGAGGAGCCCGAGGACAUGUGGCACGCAUACAAUCUCAUCCGACCGACCGACCUUCUUCGCGCCUCGGCCAUCCGCCGCGUAACCACCGAGUCCAUGACGGGGUCCAGCACAUCCAAAAGAGUCCAAACCACCUUGACGCUUCGUGUCACCUCUCUGGACUUUGAUCCGCAAGCCGCCCAGCUCCAUGUCAGCGGUACCGUCGCCGAAGAAAAUGAAUGGGUCAAGCGCGGCUCCUACCACACCCUCGACCUCGAGCUGCAACGCAACUUUACUCUCGAAAAGGCAGAUGGCUGGGACAGUAUUGCUCUGGAGAUCUUGAAAGAGUCGAUUGACCAAACACAAAAGGCCGAGCUAUGGGCCGUCGUCAUGCAAGAGGGUCUUGCCAACAUCUGUCUCGUCACAAACCACCAGACUAUCUUGCGCCAACGAGUCGAAACUGCCUUGCCUAAGAAGCGUCCUGGCAAACCUAGCGCAGACCACGACAAGGCUACUCAACGCUUCUACUCCACCAUCCUCGAGUCGCUCCUCCGCCAACUCAACAUGGCCGACCUGAAACCAUUAUUGUUGGCAAGUCCUGGCUUCACCGCGGGCGCUUUCCAGCAAUACAUUAAGACCACUGCUUCUACAAAAGCCGACAAGAACCUAUCAGCUCUGGCUGCAAAGACUAUUGUCGCACACUCUGCCAGUGGACACCUGCACUCGCUCGCCGAGGUCAUGGCUUCUCCUGCAGUCACUGCCAAGCUGAGCGACACUCGUUUCGCAAAAGAGACAGCCCUCAUGGACAAGUUCUUUGACCUACUGAGAAAAGACGACGGCCGUGCGUGGUACGGUCCGAAAGAGGUCGAGUCUGCUGUCGAGAAGGGUGCUGUAGGAAGAGGCGGCGGUGCCUUACUCAUCUCAAAUGCCCUCUUUAGAGCUCAAGACGUCGCCGUUAGACGGCGCUGGGUAUCUCUGGUUGAUAAGGUCAGCCAGGAACACGGAGGCGACGUCAGAGUCCUGAGCAGUAUGCACGAAAGCGGCAAGCGCUUAGAAGGCCUCGGUGGCAUUGCCGCUAUCCUCACCUUCCCAAUCGAGGAUAUGGACGAUGUCGAAGGCGGAGAAGACAUUGACGUAGAAGAGCCGGCUAACGGGGUCGAAGGAAGACCAGGAAUGCAUGAAGACAUUGAGAUAUAG